AUGGCCAGUGAUAGAACAUCAUGCCAAGAUGAGCGCGCAGGAGCAGAAAUUGUAUAUGGAGCUGAAGAGUGCUAUGGUCAUUCUGUCGAGCUUCUGAAAGAGCUGGGAUUUCCCAUGGGCGUCCUUGCUCUUAAAGACCUUGAAGAAUGUGGUUACGUUCGCGAAACUGGAUUUGUGUGGAUGAAACAAAAGGCUCCGUAUGAACAUUACUUCGUCACGACUAAAACUCUAGUUAGCUAUGGCACAGAGGUCACUGCUUACGUGGAGAAAGGGAGAAUGAAGAAAAUGACUGGAGUUAAGAGUAAGCAACUAUUUCUGUGGGUGCCAAUAGCUGAGAUGAGCAUUGAGGAUCCUGCUCAGAAUAAAAUUCACUUCAAGACUCCUUUAGGAAUUGGAAAGUCUUUUCCCCUCACUGCUUUCAUGACUGACGAAGAAAAGAAGAAGUAUCUGGAGAAAGCUAAUGAGUAGAAUAACUAUCUAUAUGACUGUCCAUUCUGCUACUUUUUUCGGCUUAGUAUAUUUUCUGUACUUUUUUUUUUCUGGCAUCAGGAUACUAAUGCCUUUUGUUUAUCUGAUUUUCAUAUGCUUGCUAAAAGAUUGAUUUUUAUAGACCAAGUACAA